CCCGAUUCGCUCUUAUGAUAUGAGUAACAAAAUUUCCAAUUAAAUGAUUUUGAAAGCUGAUGUCAGGACUCAGGAGAACCUAAUCAAUCUAAGGGUAACGAAUUAGGUUUUCAAUUUUGAUUGUCGAAAAAUUAGGGUUACUUUACAUAGACAUAUAUUGAACAAAUCGAACAUGAGCAGAUUAUCGUUUCGACCUCGUCCUCUCGACAUCAAUAAAAAACUCCCAAUUGUGAAAUCAUUCAAGGAUUUUGAAGAUGAUGAUACUCCUACUUCCACUCGUAAUUCGCAAUUAUUACGUAUCGCUGCCGAACCUGAUAAUGUGGUUCAUCAUGUUCCUAGUAAGAAACAUGCUGCUGAAAUACCUACACCAGAAUUUGUUGUUGUUGAUAGUUAUGAAAGAGAUUACUCGAGAAGCUUUUGUCAACCUACUUCGUAUAUUCGUGCUCGAGGAGUGCGAGCUGAGCUUGGCGAAUUUGUUGAAUAUGACUUGGAUAUUGAGGACGAAGAAUGGCUUCAAGAAUUUAACAAUGAUAAGAAGAUUUUGACAGCUGAGAGAUUUGAAAACCUUCUCUUUAAGUUGGAGGUUCUAGACCAUAAAGCUCGGGAAAGGGCAGGUGUCAUAACGGCAACUCUUGGUUCUCCCAUUCCCGUUAUUCUUCAGAUUGAUGCUGCAGCUGAGGCCCUGCAAUCUCAGGCGGUGAAGUAUGCUGUUCUUGAAUCUGUUUAUUGGUACUGGAAGGAGAAGCGAGAGCGGUGGCAGAAGCCGAUCCUCCGACGCUUGCAGCCACCUCCUCCGGUGAAUGAUACAAAUCCAUACAAUGUUUUUAGACCAAGAGAGAAAGCGCACAGACUCCACACAAGAAGGAUGCAAAGGAGGGAAAACAAUAUGCAGUCUUUUGAUAAGCUUCGUCAAGUCAGACGCAACCUUGACCAGGCGAAGACCAUAUUGGAAGCGUUGAUAAAGAGAGAAGAGAAAAAGAGAGAUGUUAUGGAGACUGAAGUGAGCCUUCAGAGGAUUCAGUUGAUUUACAAGCAUGAGACUGAGCUCCUUGAAGAUAGCUUUGUUCUUCCGUCAUUCCAAACUUUCUCCAAGUUUGGUUUUAGUGAAGAUGAAUUUAUGGAUUCGGAAGAAACUCCAAACAACCAACUUCCUGUCCAACCUGGUAGAGUACAGACUUCAUUUGUUGAUUCAAAGCCUAUUUUAGUUCCGGCUGGAAGCAUGAGGCAUGAUUUGAGAUGGCGAAAUUUAGCUAGUAGCUGGAUUCGUAGAGUGGAUCCAUUAGAGCCAAUUAUGCCAUUUACAAAACCUUUAGUUCCAGAGAAGCUGCUAGCUGCUGGAAUUGUACCCCCUUCAGAUUCCUCAAAGUCUUCUGCAUCUGUAAGAUCACCUGCAUUUCAUGGUAGAAUUGGCCGAGGAGGGAGAAUCAUAUUCGACAGAUGGAAUCCACUUAUGCAUACACCAGUUAAUGUCGGAGAUUCUUUGUACUCAUCUCCUCGACAACAGCCAGCACGCUUUACGUAAGCUUUUGGUUUCUGAUGACCUGGUUUGAGAAGCUCUUAUAAAGAAGGUGAGAUCCGAGUCAUAUUAGUUCUGCAUGUGGCACGUAUGUAAAUGCUGAUAUGCUUUUCAUCACCAUUUAUCCUCUCUAAGUACAACCUGUUCAAACUGAAGGUGCCCAGAUGAUUUCAAUUUGCAAGUUUAAGGUAUGUGCAAAGUUUCCGUUAAGGAAUAUCAUCAUCCACAUGAUCAUAUCGACUCGAGCUUCCCCUUACUUUGUAGUAUAACUGUAUCACAUAUUGUGUCAGAAAUUAGUGUAUUGUUCUCUUAUUUUGUUUUAUCAAGCUUAAGCUUCUCUGUUUAUACUUUGAUGAAUCUGUAUAGCUGAGUUAAAGUAGACGGCAAGCCAGCAAACAAUGGUGAUCCAUUUGUCUAGCAAAUUUCUACCCGAGCAGUAUUUGAUCAUCUCUAGUAAUCAAUCCUUUUUCAUCUUUAAGAAUUAAUCUAUGCUGCAUAUGAUUUUACGUUUUGUAAUAUUUUAGUUGCUUUUUAUGUUUAUAUUGUUCUCUGCCUUUUGAUUUGAUGUACUUGAUGGAGUAAUUAUCUUGUGUUUUGGCUGGAAAUAUCAAUUGGGAUAUCUGAUGUACUUAACAGUAGUUAUCUUGUAUCUGGACUGAAAACAUCAAUAGGGGUCCCAAAGUUUUUGUUACAAAGUAAAAAUCUUGCGAACUAAGGAAAGGUGCAAAUUAUGAAAAGCGAAAGAAUGUGUAGAUGAUCUAUGAAACUAAUGGUGUUUCAAAUGACACGUUGCCAAAGGCUUGACGACUUGUUUGGUAGGUGGUAAUAAAUGGUGGUAAUGAGAAUGAAAAACUAGUAUAAUUUUAGUUAGAAAAUCUCUUGGCUAUCUAGAUGGUCAUACUUGUCUAACUUCAAUUAUCUCAUUUUCUUUAUAAAUUUCAUUCCAAAUUGGGAGAAAUGGUAUUAGAAGGUAAUGAAAAUUUGUAUACAAAAUUUGUGAUAAAAGUUUCAUCACUAUGGGAAUGACAUAGAACUUUUAAUGAAAUUUUACACUAUAAAUCAUUCCCAUGACUACCAUUUAACACCACUCACUAAACGGGCUGUAAAUACAUAUAGACUUCCUCCACCACUCUCC